GCGACGCACGACUCGACGCGACGCGUCGUGUGUGUACAAAAGUAAUGGCAAAAAGGCGAUGGUGCGACCCGACAGCACGACGUAAGGGAGCCGUCGUGCCGUCGCGUCGUCUGGUUGCGUCGCCUGGAGGGAGGCAAGAGAGAGAGAGAGAAAUAUUUGUCGUAAAUAGUACACCAUAGUAAAAUGCUUGCACAUACCUAGUACCUGUAUGUACAAACGUAAACAAAGCAAACGUGAAGAAUGUCUGCUCGCCGUCCGUCCGCGAACAUGUACAUCCUUCCUUCGUCCAUGUCUUCACCAACUAGUCUAUUCAUAAUUCGAUGCAUGUAUUUCCUGAGUGAGGGACUUCUUCAUGACUGAUGCAGGUGGUGACUGACUGGACAUAGACUGUGAUUAGAAGCUGGUCAGUCAUGGAUGGUCAGUCGGUCACAGUGGCCAUCCCUCCGGAUGUAUUGGACUCUUUGUGCAGCCGCUUUUUGAUCAACAUUCCGGCGGAGGAAAGGAACAACAUGAUCCGUGUGUUCUUCCAGAUUGAGCUAGCCCACUGGUUCUACCUGGACUUCUACAGGGCAGAGAAACACUUCUUGCCUGGCUGCAGCAUCAAGGAAUUUUCCAAGGCCAUUUUCAGGCAUUGUCCCUUUCUCAAAGAGUACAGUGCCAAUGUGGAUGAGCAUUUCGCUGAAUGGAAGGAGUACAAGAUGAGUGUGCCAACCUACGGCGCCAUCAUGCUGGACUCCACUCUGCAAAAUAUUGUCAUGGUGCAGGCCUUCUUCAGCAAGACCAGCUGGGGAUUCCCAAAGGGUAAAGUUAAUCAAGGCGAGUCGCCCAAACAAUGUGCAAUAAGAGAGGUGCUGGAAGAGACUGGAUUUGACAUCACAACAUUAAUAAACGAGGAGGAGUAUAUUGAAGCAACAUUCAAUGACCAACUGGCGAGACUGUACGUGGUGCCCAACGUCCCUGUAAAUACUGAGUUCAAACCAAAAACGAGGGGAGAAAUUAAGGAUGUCAAAUGGUUUCACAUUGAUGAUCUGCCAACCAACAAGAAAGACAAUGCACCAAAGAUCAACCUGGGUCUUAAUCCCAACAAUUUCUUCAUGGCAAUGCCCUACAUGAAAACGCUGAAGAAGAAAAUUGCCAAGUGGAAAGGCCAGAAGGAUCCCCCACUCAUGGAGUCCCCGCUAGCCGCCCUCACCAAACUUGCCCAGCCUCUUCAGCCGCAUCUGCAGCAACAGCAGCAGCGAGCCAAGGCUGCGACACCGCCCAAUUCCAGCCAGGGAAAGCAGCAGACAGACGGCAGCGGCGGCCACCAACUGAGUGAGCAGAAACACAGGAUGCGACAGCAGCGGGCAUUCGUCAGCCAGAAUCAGACCCAGAACGAGCUCUUCCUCAGGUUCAAGGACACUCGGCAGGAGGCCAGGAACGGUACGAGCGGGCGAGGCCAGCCUUACCACCACAGGGCCUCUCCCACAAUGGGACAGGGCCAGCUCAAAGGAAAAACCCAGUUGAAUGGAACUGUCAGCCCACAAAAGCAGUACCAAAUUCUGACCAGAAACCGAGUGAAAGAAGGUGCAAAUGAUAUUGUUGCCGAUGCAGUGAUAAACGCCAGCGGUGACCGGCUGAACCACCCCGGGAGACUCGCCGCCACGGCAUUUGUAAACUUUAAGCUGGACACUGCAGCCCUCAUGAGGGCAUUUGAUGCAGGACUGUACGGGAGAGGGAGAGAAUUCCGGUAAGAAUUCCCCUGUGCGUCAGAGAAUUUAUCUGGUCAGACAUUGCCAUCGGUACAUCACACAACAUUCAUUGAAGGACCAUCAAAGACACCGGACAGGCCAUGACCAAGAAGCAUUGGAUUAAAGACACACUAACAGGUGCUAUCCUGGACAGAAUUCUCAUGUGGGUGCCUGCUUUUUUUUUUAGUCCCAGGGAGAAUGGCAGAUACAAAUCCUAGUCCAAAAAAAUUGUGGCGCUGGAAAAAAAGUAAUUGGACUGGAACUUUUUUUUAUUUUUUGAGGAUUUUAGGGAAAGUGGCAGAAGAGGGUCACUGUGGACUCUCUGCAUUAGAGAAGUAGCUUUUUCACCAAGGAAACAAGCAUCAUGGUCGAUGACUCAAGGGAUGACACGUAGCCAUGUUGUAGUAGAGACCCCUUAAGACUAUCACAGGACCUGCAUAAGACCUCCAGUCCCAAGUCACCAGCCCUUGGAAUGAACUACAACAGAAGCAUUUCUUUGUCACUGGUCACCCUGUCACUUGUGACCAUGGUGACUAGUUUGGGACAUGCUCAACUGUAACACUGUACUCGUGGCAUACAUGGAGGUGUGCUCGUUCCACAUACACGCCAAUAAUAUUGCAAAUCAGUGAAGGACUUUUGUGGACAUUUGGCAGAGGGUGCAAUAAAAAUCUUCUUGUGCAGGGGGGCAGGUAUUAAAAUAAAUUCCAGAAAAAGUUGUUUGGUCCCCAAGAAUCAACUUUUGUUUAGGGGGGAUGGUGUACUCUUUGUCUCCUAACAUUCAAGGGGCUUUCGUAGUGUCACGUGAUGUGCAUUCAAAUGUGGUGUCAUUCGGUCCUAAGGAGCUACAUGGGAUUAUUAGAGUGCUAACUCAUUUCUCUGCGGAGGUACUUUGAAGCAGCCCUGAGUGCAGACAUUUUGAAUUCAUGUGCAUGUUUGUACAUCAUAAUGAAGUACGUGUAAAUUACUGUGCAUGCAACAAGCACAAGAACAUUUCUGUACAACACAUUACAAACCAAAUGCCAUGGCAAAAUUCAUCUCCUGCAUGUACUUGCCUGCACCGUUUACACACAGCCAAUUGGAGCAUUCGUUUACUGAUUGUGUGUUUCAUUAUUUUGCGAGUCAGCAAUGACGACAUCACGGUGUAGAAAUCUGACCAAAUUUCAUAUUGCCUAUACAUUUGUAUACAAACAUGGAUGCGCUCAGAGGGCUUCUUUAUGCAAGCGAGUCGGCGCUCUAGUGAUGUCAGUUGCUCUAAGUAAGAAACGGAAAUGUUUUCUCACCAUUUUGUCGGCGAGCUUAUUGUGGCAAUAUUUGUAGUGUGCUCUUCACUAUUGUACUUAGUUUUAAAGUUACAAGAAUUGUACAGUGUACAAACACUUGGUUACUGUCAGUUUUUUAGCAAGUUUUUACCGGUGUUGCUUUUUUUUUUAUAUAUGUUAAGAAAUGUGAAAACUAUGUAACACAUCCUAAGAAAUAAUUAAAGACGAACCUGCAAGUAUUUGGUAGUUGCUGUAAUAGGGUCAAAUGUUUAGGGGGAAAGGGAAAUAGAAUUAUCCAAGAGGAAGUAAUCGCGUGUGGCUGAAGGGUGAUUGAAGCAAACUGCUUCAGUCACAGGUCAUUUUUUACGGCCUUGGCGUUUUAUUCCAUUGAAUAACCCCAUAGGCCAAACACUGUUGAUGAAAGUGAAUCUUGGCUCACUGUUCCAUUGGUUACACCUUUCAUUGUUCUUGCAACAGCCCCAAUUUACAUUUAUUUUCGUGUGAGUGGUUCCCUCAUUGCUUCAUUGUGAAAUAAAAGACUGUUGAGUACCAGCCAUGCAACGCUGACCCUAGGAUGAAAUUUCAAAGAGUAGAGUCGAACAGUCCAACUAAUCCUGCCUUUGAGUGAAACUGGUCAAACCAAGAUUCACACUAAUACUUGCUGAUUUGUGUGGACAUAGAAAAUUGCCUUAUGCACUACGGCUAGUAUUUAACCUACCAUAUUAUGCAGAGAAGACACUGCUCUUAUGGACUAUUCCCUUCAUGUCAGAUUUAGAGUUAUUAAUGUACUUCUUUUAAUUUGUUGGAGGCCUGCACUUGGCCCUUUUAGAAUUCUUUGGACUAACAAUUUUCCAACAUGUAGGCAGUUAACUCUCCAGCGCAGUAUAUUUUAGUGUAACUCAGUGACCAGAAUCAGGAGCCAUUAUUGCGGUGGCGCAAUGCUUGUGGACAGGUGGUACGCGUGCCAUACAUGCCUCUUUAACCAAUAGGAUGUUAUGAUUUGCCAAAUGCAUGCCUGCAUCAAGCUGAGGGCUGCGCAUGUGAAUGUGGUGCCACCGCAGUCAUGGUGUCUUUCAAGUUAGUCAAAUACAGAGCGUGACAAUUUCUAAAGAGGAAAAAAACGAUAUCUUUGAGGUAAACAUUCAAGGCAGUUCUUUUUUUCUUUUGCCAGGAAGUGUUUCAUAGUAGCUCUCUGUUGUAAUCAACAAGCUGAUUGGGGCAGCAUAUACACUGAUGCAUAUUCAUGAAACGUCGAACUUGUGUGAGUUGGUGACAGUUUACUUUUUCCAGCCACAUUAAACUCAACUUGCAGUUCAGUUCACAUAGUUCAUUAACUCAGUGACUGAUUCCUCUUUACUUCACAGUUUCUACGAGAAAUAAAGUUACUCAAGAAAGCUUUGGAUGGGGUCAAGGUUCAUGUAGUGUUUUCACAUGCAUUUGUGAUAUACAUGUAUGCUCAAAAACAUGCAGAAAAAUACCUUCGUAAAGCUGAAAAAUAGUAAUAAAAUAGAAAUACAUUUAACCUUUAAUAACAUGCUUUGAAUAAUACAUGUACACAGGUCUAGAGGA